UAACCAGUCGAAGACACGUUUACUUCCGGGAUAAUAACAGACAUGAACACGGCUUUAGCAAGAUUGAAUACAAUCUUUGCCUUCACGCUUAGCGUGAUGGCAGGAUUGACCUUUCUUUGUUUUCUUUCAACCUUUUUCAACGAACACAAGGCCGACGUCUCAAUUAAUACCGCAAAAGUUAUUGUAAAGAAUGUUCCUGACUACAGUGCUGGCCGAGAGAAAAAUGACCUUGGAUUUAUUGUGUUUGACCUUCAGACAGAUUUGACCAGAAUCUUCAACUGGAAUGUGAAGCAGUUGUUUCUCUACCUAUUUGCAGAAUAUGAGACGGAAGAUCAUAAGCUGAACCAAGUUGUAGUUUGGGAUAAGAUCAUUCGCAGGGGAGAGAACUCAAUACUGGACUAUAGGAAAGCCAACACCAAGUACUACUUCUGGGAUUUUGGUAAUGGUUUGAGGGGAAACAAGAAUGUGACUCUAAGCUUGUCAUGGAACGUUAUUCCUAAUGCCGGAACUCUGCCAAAGAUCAUGGGGACAGGACAGCACAAGAUUGAAUUUCCCGCAGAAUAUAGCCCCAAUAGAUUUCAAUGAUCACAGAAGUUAAAGAUGUUUGUCUAGGGUUUUCAAAUUAUAAGUAUAUUAAAUUGAAAUCAAAAGCGAAAAUGAAGAGCUGAUAUUGCAAAACUGUCUUAAUUCAUUUUGAACGUUAAUGCAGUUUUGUGCAUUUGACUCUCCUAAAAUGAAUGUUCAGGGUUUAGAAUUAUAAUUGAUUGUAUCUUGGUGUUGGGUUUUGAUUUUUAUAAGUGACAAAUGAAUGUCACUUUAAAGCCAUCCUGUGGUCUUGUGAAGAAAUGGGAGUCUUUCAAAUAAAGAAAGUCCGAGAGCGAAGACUAGUCUACAGUAAUUUAUCCGAACAUGAAUCAUGAAAAAAAAUGAUUUAAUGUUUGUGCAAUUUCUGUUUUCUAUUUUUUUGUCCAUAAAUUAUUCAGCCAAUGGAAUAAAACUUUGAUAAGUUGUCCAUGGGUUAUCUUUAGUCUAGUUUGCCCAUUUAAAUUAUAUGAUUGGAUAGUGGUCAUUAAUAGGUUAAUAUUGACCAAUCAAUGAACCUUUUGGCUGCCAUAAUUUUAACCAAAUUGAGAAACUAACCAGUUUUAUACAAUUGGCUGCUGCUAUUUAUUUAGACAGUCAUUAACAUUUAGACUAUUGCCAUUUUAAAAAGUGCAUUUAAACAUGAGAUGUUUCAUUUUACUCUGCAAGUUAUUUGUAAGAUAACUCAAACACAUUAUAGAUAUAUUAAAUCGAAUGUUACCUCGGUAUUUCAUUGACAGCUGAAUUUAGGUGUAUUUGUUGUAAAGGAUGUUGAAUUAUUUGAUAUGCGUUGUGUGUGUUAAUGAUUUAUUAUAUUGAAUAAAUUGUAACAUAAGUUCCAUCUUUAUGUUAACUGUAUGUAAUCAUAAACAAUCAUAACUUUGUCUUCUGUUGUUGUUUUCAUGAGUUCAUUCAGUGCUCUUAAUAAUUACAUUUGUGUUUUUUUUAUUUGAAGCAAAAAACAAGUGCAAAAGAUCUGUUACUUUUUAGGAAUCUAAUGCAUAAGUGUGUGAAUUCUAUAUGAUUUUAAAGUGUAUACCCUGUUUUGUUUUGGUAUCAUUUUAAAGGCCUUUGUGUGCACAAAAAAACAAACUAUUAAAACAUUUACCAAUAUGGUAUAACAAACAAGUGUUUUUGGCCUUUAAAUAUUGCACAAUACUUCAUUUUUGUCCGAUUUCAGUAAAGGGCAAAUAUGCAAACUGGAAUCGAUAAUAUAUAAUGUUCUAUCAGUCAUUUAAUUCACAUAAAAGUUGUCAGCAAGCAAAUAUCUUUUAACUGGUACCAAAAUCAUGGGGUCUUACACAUAUCAAAAUUUAACAUAUUCAUUUUAAUUAAAAUUAUUAGCUUGUUUGUUUUUCAAUCAGAUUACUUAAUAAAUUAUUUUCAUAGAAUAAAUGGGUUUUGUGAGAGCUUCAGUUUUAUGCAGUGCAUAUAAACUGUUGGUGGAAAUGAAUGAUUUAUUGUAUUUUUACCAAGUCAUCCUGUACAUGCUUCAACACAUAUGAAUUUAAAUCCUAUGUAUAUAUGUAUGCUGUAAGUAAAUAUGAGUGAAUGUUACUUUUCUUUGUGUAAAGACAUUUGAAUUUUUCUAUGAACACUAUUCUUCGUUUCUGUUUUGUAAUGUACUGUGGAUUGCUUUAAUUUUGUGUGGGGAUCAAUGAUUAGAUAGUGGCUACACACUUUUUUAAAUUCACAAAUUGUUCCAAAAAGGACAUAAAUCAAGAAAAGAUGUCAUUAAAUAUGAACAAUUUACAGUAUAUUUAGAACUGAGUACUUGUGUAAGCAUGAAAAUGAUAAAUCAUCAUUCAGAAAUUCAUCUAUACUUUGUGUUAUUGGAUGAAAUUUUAUGAUUAAAAUAUUUCAAGUGAUAAA